GCGCUCUUGCAGGGAAAUUUCGUGCUGAUACUAGGCCAGUUGGCAGCACUGCUCGUGUUGGUAGCAGUGUAUAUGGAUUCAGUAGUGGUCGGGACGCCGGAGAGGCAUGAUGUGCUGGAGACCGCUCCGCCCUCAUGCGUGUUGUAGUGUGUGUGUCGACGGAACCUAUGGAGUCCUCCCCCUUGCUGAUAUAUAAAGGUUCGAGUAGCUCUGCUCGUAUUCAUGGUCCAUUACUCUCUCGGGAAAGUUGCCAAACCUGCUCCAACUACAGACGGUGGGGAUCGGGGAUUCUACAAGCCAUUAAAAAAGGCAGUUACCGAUGCCAGGGUAGGAGAAAAGUUAGCCAAAAUAAUUAAUCCACGUAAGGGCCAAACAACUGUUCACGGACUGCUUACUGCUGGAGCUACCUCUGGCGCAUUGCUAGUCCAUAGGAUGAGUCUCAAGGAAACAGGUGGGAAAUCGGUUUCUGAACUUAGGGAAUCGAUUGGGAAAGCAGAUUCAGACAUGAAGGACAUUGCGAAUGAAGAAAAGGACAAGGCAAAUGAAGAAAAGGGCAAUGCGAAUGAAGAAAAGAACAAGGCGAAUGAAGAAAAUGACAAGACGAAGGAAGAAAAGGACAAAAAUCAAAACAAAAACAUGUAGCGUAAUAUAGUAACGCUGUACUACUUUAUGUAUGAAAUAUUCUUCGAUUAGAUAAAUAUGUCAUCAUAACUUGUAUGUUAAAUUAUCUUGUUUCAGCCCUAGCCAUUUUGCU